AUGCCUUCACCUCCAGUUUCAUACUCAGCCAGUAGAGGCCAGUGCAGUCGCCUCAACGUCUCAGCUGCCAGCCAGGAGCUGCCACCUAGCGGUCUUCAGGAGUUGCUGCCAGCACGCUCCCGACAGCCUCCGACCCUGCCCGAGCAGCAACCGAAUCUGCUACUGGCCCCGAUGCAGUUGGUGAUAUGUGUGAUUGAUUUCCUAUGGGAAUCAGUUGUUUGGAAUCCAGCAAACAGCCAGUCAUUUGUGAAUAGAGGUGGUCCAUACCAGCUUUUGGAUGUUCUUGAGAACAGCAUCUUCCCAAUACAAGUGAUUAUACUUGGAGCUUUAACAGAUUUAUGUGAAGAAGGCACAUGUAUACCACAUCUCUUAACAUGGAGGGGUGGAAAGGGAAAGAAAAUGGUUUUCCAACAGCUUCUGGCUGCUAUAUGGAGAACAGAGGAAGACUGGAUUGGUGUUGAGCUUGAUGGUCAACGAUGUAUAACUGACAUCCCUCCAGAAAGUUUAUUGGAUUAUGAAGUUUUGGCAUUGUGAUACACUAAAGAAAGUACAUUCUACAUAUAUAGAG